AUGUCUAUGCGUUUGUAUCGUGCAACGCCGGUGUCUGUCGCGACAUCACUGCCUUUACUUUGCAGUUCAACUCCUGUCUUCUCCGUUGCAUACUUAUGCCAACGUCAACACAUGUCAUCCCCAUCCGGUGGUGCGUACCCUAGUGAAGGGGCAAUGCAUCAACCAGGUGAAUCUGGACAACAGGCUGGUUCUAGUAGCACUAUAGCCGGCAAGGAGACAUGGUCGCAAUUCAGCGCAAAGAUGCGUUACGGCAGACGUCGUAUUCGCGUUAUUGAUGUAGCGGCAAAAAUGUCAUAUGAGUAUCAAAUGUUGCGUAAAAUGUGUAAGCGUCGUCCAUCUAUGCGACAAUGGGCGGUGCGAGAUGAUUUUUGUGAUAUGCAACCUGGUGUUGUUGUAAUGUCACCGUCUAUGCAGGCGGCUUUUAUGAAGGUAUUUCGAUUAAAAGAUAAAGGUCUCAUACGACACUGUUUGCGUGAUAUUAUUCCUAUUAUUGAGUAUCGGAACCGUGAGGAACCGGUACGGUUACCGACAAAUCCGGCAGAUAUGAUCCCUGAAGGAGAAGCUGAUACACUUAAUCAGAAAAAACGUGAACUAUUUGAACGACGAGAAAAAGGUGAUAAUUUUGCUGAACUUCGAUUACAUGAUAAACGUUCACAGGCGAAACUUCGUUUUAAAAUUCGACAACGACUAUUAAAAUUUCAACGUCAGUUAGCGGUUGCAAAUGCUGUUGCAAGUCGAUCCGUUUUAUACUCUACAAAUGAUGCUAUAGGAUACUUUCUCUUUAGAGGAGCGGCAAUGUAUGCUGGGAUGCACCGUGUAUUUUUUGAACUUAGUAAACAACUUCCACAUUUUGUACCCAAAACAAUGAUGGACUUUGGUGCUGGUACUGGAACAGCAACUCUUGUUGCGAAGGAAGUGUAUGAUCCUGGCACUCUCGCCUAUCCUCUCUACCGCUCACUAAGGCAAACAAUGCAAGGAAACGACGCUUCCCGCAGUCACCAACUCUCAGAACUACGCUACGACCUUCAACGUUUGCAACGUAACAAUGCAGAAAAAAAGAAAGUACGGUUUAUGGCUGUAGCCGCAUUGUUAGAGCGGGGUGAAGUGGAUCCAGCAGAUUUACCAGAAGAUUUGCGUCGUGAAAUAGCAGAAGUUGCCUCAGGUGCGGCAGCAGCGAAAAAGGAACGACUUGUGCGAGAAGCGCAUGCCCGACAUCGAGAUGUGGUAGAUGGAACAGAAUGGGAAAGCGGUGAUCCUCUCGGAGAACACCGUGCUGCCACAGAAGAUCCAGAUGACAUAUUAGAUGGUGAAGAACCUGAAGAAGAUAAACUAAAUACAAAAAAUAAAUCACAUACAAAAACAUGGUGGGAAAAAUUUGUUGAUCUUGAAAAUGAAACAGCACAAAAACGAGCUAGUAAAAGACUUCGUCCAUUACAAGAAGUUACUGCCAUUGAACCUAGUCCAGGUAUGAUGGAAAUUGGUACAAUGGUAUUACAUGAUGAUGUACCAAAUGUUACUUGGAAACGUUAUUUACUUCCUGAAGAUGAAGCUAUUCAGCAUGAUCUAGUAGUAGCUGCCUAUUCUCUUAGUGAAAUAGCAACCACAGAAAAUCGUCGUCGUGUAGUUCAACAACUAUGGAGGAUGACAAAAGGUGUACUAGUACUUGUUGAAUUUGCUAACUUAAACAACUUUAAUAUUAUGAUGGAAGCACGUGAUUGUAUUCUUGAAGAGAAAGAUGUUGGUUUAUGGGAUUGGCAACCCACUAUAGUUGCUCCUUGUCCACAUGAACAGCGUUGUCCUUUACGACAUUGUAAGAGUGGUGUAAAACGAAAACGUAUGCGUAUUUGCAACACAGAGGCACACUACCGAGCUACAUUUGUGGAAGUAUGGGCACGUCAUAUGCCACUUAAAGUAGGUGUAGAACCUAUCACGUAUAUGAUAUUUGCCCGAAACGAACUCGUCCCUGAGCGGGCGGAACGUCGACAGGAAGCACUUAAAAAAGCAGAAGAAGCUAAACGUCAAGAACGAGAUGAAAAACAGAAGGAAUUAUAUGAGGCAUCACUCGCAGUAAAGGAUGUUGUGUUUGAGCGACUCAGUGAAGAGGCGUUACAUAGACCAGACACUGGUGUUCCGGUACCAUUAUCGCAAACCUCUCAAACAAAGAGUUCAGAACCUUCACAAGAACUGCAGACGGCACUGCAGAGUGGUGCCACCAGUACAGGAGAGAUUGGACACAUGCCAACAGAUGUACCACGACUUGUAAAGACGAGCAACACACGUCAUAACCGUCUUAUUUUUCCAUUACAAUUACCACCAGCAACACAUAAGUUUAACCGUGCAUUUGUGGAUGCUGGUUAUCAGCGUCAGCGGGCUAUCACACCAGCAGAGAUGCUUGUUGUUCGACAGGAAUUAGAUCAAAUGCGACAACGUGUAAUGCGAAUGGCACCAAAAUAUAUGCGUGUUGUGCGUGAUCCACAGUGCCGUGGGAAGAUUCAAGCAGAUUUCUGCACACCUGAAGGCAAUCUUAUUACAGGACGUGUGUAUAGACGUUUCUACGGUGAUCGUAAUCGUGUUAGUGCACACACCACAAUGCGUUGGCAACACAUUGGCGGAUGGAAAUUGCUAAAACGUCUUAAACGGGGUUCACUCUUCCCACACGACGUUCCACUCUACGCAGUAACAAAACAUCCACAGAUUGACUUUCCCAACACGUUAUUGGAUGUGCGGCACUCCACUGUGGAACAGACGGCCAUGCAAUAUAAUGAUCCCAUGUCCUUGGUGGAAACACCUGAUGAGCAACUUAGUAGGGAGGAAUUACAACGAAAACGACGAAUGGAGCGGGAUGUAGAACUACAACAGAAAGUUGAAUCUAAACUUGAAGAACUUUUUGGUUCAAAGAUAAAACAAUCGGAUGAACUUGGUGCUAGUCGUACUGAUUCUCGUCGUGAUAUCACAGAACAGGAAUGGGCUGAUGCUGUGCGGCGUGCUAAAAUCCGUACAGUACAACACACGAAGAACGCCGUACCAUUUGCAGCGAAGAAGCGGGCGGCGCAACGUGCACUUCAAAUACGGAGAAGAAAUGUGAAACGAGAAAUGGCGUCAAAUAGACGUCGGUAA